CUUCCCGCAUCUCCACCACUGCGAGAUAGAGAGAGAGAGAGACGCCAUUGUUGCGGAUCCCGAGUUCAUCAUCUUCCUCGCAGAAAGGUUAGGGCUUUCUCGUCCCACCAGCCUCGUCUCGUUCGUGGCGUCCCUCCUUUCAUUCGCCACCGAGAGAGAGAGAAAGAGGGACGAACUCCUCCCCCGUUCGCCGACUCCGAAGCUCCAAUUGAACCAGGUCCUCCUACUUCUCUCGCCUUCUCUCUCUAGGCGCCAUUGCUGCGGUUUCGCGUUGCGCCUGCAUCGUUCCGAAGUGGGUUCGUCGUAUUUUCCUCCCUCCCUCUUGGGUUUUCGAGGGUUUUGGUUUUCUUGCUCUGUGCUUCGCGAUGUCGAUACCUAAGGAGCUAUACCCGUCGCAAGACGACCUCCUCUACGAGGAAGAGCUCCUGCGGAACCCCUUCAGCCUGAAACUGUGGUGGCGCUACCUGAUUGCGAGGGCCGACUCCCCUUUCAAGAAGCGCUUCGUCAUCUACGAGCGCGCCCUCAAGGCCCUCCCCGGCAGCUACAAGCUGUGGCACGCGUACCUCCGGGAGCGCCUCGAGAUCGUCCGGAACCUGCCCGUCGCGCACUCCCAGUACGAGACCCUGAACAACACGUUCGAGAGGGCGCUGGUGACGAUGCACAAGAUGCCCCGGAUUUGGAUUAUGUAUCUGCUUUCUCUCACGGAGCAGAAGCUGAUCACCCGCACGCGGAGGACGUUCGACCGGGCGCUCUGCGCGCUACCCGUCACGCAGCACGAUCGUAUCUGGGAGCCGUAUCUGGUGUUCGUCAGCCAGAGGGGCAUGCCGAUCGAGACUCCUCUUAGAGUUUAUAGGAGGUACUUGAAGUAUGACCCCUCUCACAUCGAGGAUUUCAUUGAGUUCUUGGUGAAUUCUAGUCUCUGGCAAGAGGCGGCGGAGAGGCUGGCGUCGGUGCUGAACGAUGAUCAGUUUUUCUCGAUUAAGGGGAAGACCAAGCAUAGGUUGUGGCUCGAGUUGUGUGAUUUGCUCACGAAGCAUGCUACGGAGGUUUCGGGUCUUAAUGUUGACGCGAUUAUAAGGGGUGGGAUCAGGAAGUUCACUGAUGAGGUCGGGAGGUUGUGGACGUCGCUUGCUGAAUACUAUAUCAGGAGGAAUUUACAUGAGAAGGCAAGGGACAUAUUUGAGGAGGGCAUGAAGACGGUGAUUACCGUGAGGGAUUUCAGUGUGAUAUUUGAUGCUUAUGCGCAGUUCGAGGAGAGCAUGCUUGCUUACAAGAUGGAAAAUAUGGAUCUGAGUGAUGAGGAUGAGGAUGAGGAAGAGGGAGAGGGAGAGGAUGGGGUACAGGAAAAUGGGGUUGAAGAGGAUGAAGAUAUCAGGUUGGAUGUGAAUUUGUCCGUAGCUAAGUUUGAGAAGAAGAUCCUUGAUGGGUUCUGGUUACAUGAUGAUAAGGAUGUGGAUUUGAGGUUAGCUCGAUUGGAGCAUUUGAUGGUCCGCAGGCCAGAAUUAGCUAAUAGCGUUCUAUUGCGGCAAAAUCCCCAUAAUGUGGAGCAAUGGCACAGGAGGGUAAAGCUAUUUGAGGGUAAUCCCACCAAGCAGAUUCUUACGUACACGGAAGCAGUGAGGACUGUAGAUCCGAUGAAAGCCGUUGGAAAACCUCAUACACUUUGGGUAGCCUUUGCUAAGCUAUACGAGAGCCACAAAGAUAUCGCUAAUGCAAGAGUGAUUUUCGACAAAGCAGUGCAGGUCAACUACAAGGCCGUUGAUCAUUUGGCCAGUAUUUGGUGUGAGUGGGCCGAGAUGGAGUUGAGGCAUAACAACUUCAAAAAGGCACUCGAGUUGAUGAGAAGGGCUACUGCGGAGCCAUCAGUUGAGGUCAAAAGAAGAGUGGCUGCUGAUGGGAAUGAACCAGUUCAGAUAAAGGUGCACAAAUCAUUGAGACUGUGGACAUUUUAUGUGGAUUUGGAGGAGAGCCUGGGUACCUUGGAGUCCACAUGUGCAGUCUAUGAGCGUAUUUUAGAUUUGAGAAUAGCCACUCCGCAGAUAAUAAUCAAUUAUGCAGUUCUGUUGGAAGAUAAUAAAUAUUUUGAAGAUGCAUUUAAGGUAUAUGAAAGAGGCGUCAAGAUAUUUAAGUAUCCUCAUGUGAAAGAUAUAUGGGUUACUUAUCUCUCCAAGUUUGUGAGGAGAUAUGGAAAGACAAAACUGGAGCGGGCAAGAGAGUUGUUUGAGCACGCUAUUGAAAUGACCCCUUCUGAUCAAGUAAAGCCUCUGUACCUUCAAUAUGCGAAAUUGGAAGAGGAGUAUGGUCUUGCGAAGAGGGCAAUGAAGGUGUAUGAUCAAGCCACUAAGGCCGUGCCAAGCAAUGAGAAGUUGGCAAUGUACGAAAUUUACAUAGCACGAGCAGCUGAGAUAUUCGGUGUCCCAAAAACAAGAGAGAUCUACGAGCAAGCAAUAGAAAAUGGGGGUCUUCCUGACAAAGAUGGGAAGGCUAUGUGCUUGAAAUAUGCCGAGCUUGAGAAAAGCCUGGGUGAAAUAGAUCGUGCUCGUGGAAUUUAUGUGUAUGCAUCCCAAUUCGCUGACCCAAGAUCUGAUGUUGAUUUUUGGAACAAGUGGCAUGAAUUCGAGGUGCAGCACGGGAAUGAAGACACCUUCCGAGAAAUGCUUCGUAUUAAGCGCAGUGUUUCUGCAAGUUAUAGCCAGACACACUUCAUUCUGCCCGAGUAUGUCAUGCAAAAAGACCAGAAGAUGGAUCUCGAUGAUGCAAGAGACAAAUUGAAACAGGCUGGAGUUUCGGAGGAUGAGAUGGCCGCCCUCGAGAGGCAGCUUGUGCCUUCAGCCAACGAUGUCACCACGAAAGAAGGGAGCCGAAAAGUUGGCUUCGUGAGUGCUGGAGUGGAAUCUCAGGCAGACGGAGGGAUAAGAAGUAAUGUGAACCAGGAGGACAUUGAACUGCCGGACGAAAGUGACUCGGAUGAAGAGGAUAGAGUUGAAAUCGCGCAAAAGGACGUGCCGUCAGCAGUUUUCGGAGGGUUGGUUCGGAAGAGGGAAGACUCCGAAAAGGACGGGGAAGGCAAAGACGGUGAGAGCCGUCUUGGUGCCCUGGAGAGAAUUAAAAGACUAAAAAAGGCUUCCAGCUGAUGUAGCGAUCGACUCGAGCAUGUCAGUAUCUUAGAUGAAAUUUUUGACCAACUUAUGUAGUCAGCUUAAAUGGGUACCUGAGUUUGCUCCUUGUACUGAAAUUUUCAGAUGAUGUAUUCUAGAGCUUUGCUGUGUCAAA